UAUAUAAGAAGGUCUGUUUGUUGUAGACUUUUCUACGAAAAUAAGUGGUGUUCACAUGUAUGUUUAAAACGUUCCAGGUUGCGUUAGUAAUUAACGAUACAACAGAAGGGAAGAUUAAGAUACUACAGUGCAAAACAAGAACCUCUGCUGUGUACAUCGAGAAAUACAUUUCCCAUAAGUCUAUGGGUAAGACUUCACUGGCCAAAGGGAGCCCUUAUAGUAUAAGUUCUACUCAUUUUCAAUUGUGCAGCAGCACGAUUUUGAGGGGUCCACAACUUUCAGACCCGCACCUGCAAGCUUGCAAAAUGUUCUCGUUUGUUAAACUUCUAAACCGUGCGAGCGCCAGGAAGAAUUUCGGAACAUUACUUUCCACACGCAGCAGUUGUGCUUUGGGAACCCGUGACUUCUCUGCUGGUUUGACAGCCAGCAGACAUGUAGCCCCGGGCUGUGACGAAGCGCCCCUUCCUCGGAGCGCUGUCCAGGUGCCGUCCAGAAGGCUGUCCGGGAGUCGCUACAAUGUUCCUCCGAGCGCGGAAUUCGUUGCCAGACCGUCCGGCAUUGCCACCAUGUGUAAAUUACCUUUCCAGCAGUCCGCAGAAGGGCUGGAUGCCGCUUUCAUUGGCGUCCCUAUCGAUACGGGCACCUCGAAUCGUCCCGGAGCCAGGUUUGGACCACGCCAGAUCAGGGCGGAGUCGGCCCUGUUGAGGCAAUACUGUGGGGGCACAAGGGCAGCCCCCUACGAGUCGCUGGUGGUGGCAGACAUUGGCGAUGUCAACGUCAACGUGUACGACCUGAAAGACACCUGCAAGAGGAUUCGAGAGGCCUACAGGGAGAUCAUGGCUGCAGGCUGUGUUCCGCUGACGCUGGGCGGCGAUCACACCAUAUCCUACCCAAUCCUUCAAGCCGUUGCUGAAAAGCACGGGCCAGUGGGCCUGAUCCACGUGGACGCCCACGCCGACACCAGCGACGUGGUCCUGGGCGAGAAGAUUGGCCACGGGACUCCCUUCCGGCGCUGCGUGGAAGAGGGGCUGCUGGACUGCGGCAGGGUGGCUCAGAUCGGACUGAGGGGCUCGGCCUACUCGGCGGACGCUUACAGGUGGAACCGAGAACAGCAGGGGUUCCGGGUGGUACCGGCUGAGGAGUGCUGGUCCAAGUCCCUGACGCCCCUCAUGGCAGACAUCAGGCAGCAGGUGGGAGGAGGGCCCGUCUACCUCAGCUUUGACAUUGAUGCUCUAGAUCCGGCCUUCGCCCCGGGGACUGGGACCCCCGAGAUUGCUGGGCUCACCCCCAUCCAGGCCCUGGAGAUAAUCCGCGGCUGCAGAGGACUGAGACUGGUGGGCUGCGACCUGGUGGAAGUGUCGCCUCCCUACGACACCACAGGUAAUACUGCUUUGACGGCUGCUAACCUCCUCUUUGAAAUGAUGUGCGUCCUCCCAAAAGUGAAAUACUACUGAACUCUUUCUGUGACGUGAUGAGAAACACCCUGCAGUCAAUUUGUGUUUUUCUUUUUGGUGGGUUAACAAAUUCACAGCAAUGGAAUCUAUAUGUCUUAGAGUACUAAGUAGGUAUUCUAUAAAGAACGCAUCUAUUCUAUACUAAUCUUGAUAAACAGCCUUAAUUUCAUUAAGACGUGCUGAAAUCACUACCACAUCUGAUUCACAUUUAAAUUGAAAUGUAUGUCAUGUCAUUUGCCAAACCGCUUUAUAUCAUACGGUGUCGCAGGAAGCCAGAGCCUGCCCGGCCAGCAACGAGCGCAAGGCAGGGUACACCCUGGACAGGACGCCAGUCCAUCGCAGGGCAAGUGCAAGCCAAUCAUACAUGGGGGGCAAUUUGAAGGCCACGGUAAAGGCCAAGGCGGGAAAUUUGGCCCACACACAGGGAUAGCUCCCCUACUCUUAUCGAGAAACGCCGGGGAAUCUUUAAUGAGCACUGAGAGUCAGGACCUCGCUUUAACAGUCUUAUCCGAAAACAAAUGUAAUUUUUUUCUAAUUGUUUUUGCGACUUGGGUGAGACUUUGUAUUGAGACUAUAGGAGGAUGCAUUAAAUGAAAAGAGUUCGA